AUGCCAGAGCGCAACGAGAUGGCUCUCACGUCGUUCGCCGAAAAUCCGACAAAGGCCGUCGAGAAGGAUGCUUUGGUGGAAACGGAGACACCAUUCACCCGCCCGGAGCAGGUCGAGAAAGCAAACUUGAAGGAGACAAAAUGGCCAUGGAGCAUGGGGAAAAAGAAUGAAAAAAUGCCCCGCUUCUUCAUAAUUCUUCUUCUCAUUUGCCUUCUUGUCGCCGUUGCUUUAAUUGCUCUUAUCGCCCUUCUCUGGACUUUCAAUAGCAGCGCCGCAACUCCAGUCCAUGAGUCACAGAUGGUCUACACACUUCCGUCGAGAGCAACCGAUGAAGGUAAUGUUGGACUUGCUCAGGUUCUCAUAUCACAUGCCGACUCCAAGGAAUCUCUGGAAGAACAAGAACUCACCACGGAAUCGGUUAUUGAAAUCAAGGAUAGUGUUGUCGAGAAGGAAGUGAGCGCUGAAGAACUCAAAAAGCAAGAUUCAGAGGAGUUCAUGAGUACCCGGAAAAGCAUUUUGAACACUGAUUCAUCGGAAGAAAAAACUCCUGAAGCCACCACCACUACCAUUGCCAGCACCACUGUUCGCCGUACUAGACCAACCACCCGAACCUCCACACUUCAAUUUUACGAGUCUGUUGAUGGAGAGACAACCGAAACAUGCGUCGAACGUCUUGCAAUGGGAAGUCCCUCAGGAGUGUACACACUUCAAGGUGUCAAGAAUUUCCAAGUGUACUGCGACAUGGAUACUACAUCUGGAGGAUGGACCGUCAUCCAACGACGUGUCGAUGGAGACGGAGCGUUUCACCGUGGAACCUUCAAACAGUACGUCGAAGGGUUUGGUGCCCUGAACGCAAGCCAUUGGCUUGGGUUGGAAAAGAUUCACUCCCUUGCCCCUCACAAAAAGACGUCUGCCAUUCUCCGCAUUGAAAUCCAAGGCUACAUUUGCGGGGACACGUGUGCAAAACGCUUCCAGAACACAUGGUACGGCGAAUGGAUAGUUUCUUUUGAUGGAAAGCAGGAUGGAUACAAGAUUUACAUCAAUGGCAAUGGCACUGGAAAUCUCACUUUUGAUGGGUCAGAUCCGAUGUUACAAGCCAAUGGUAUGCGGUUCGCCACCGUGGACAAAAGUCAAGAAGGCGGUUUGAUGAACUGUGCCCACUUCCGAGCGGUUGGAGCGUGGUGGCACCGAGCUGAAUGCUCUGACGUCGGACUCAACGGCUACUACCAAACGAUUGCGCAGAAGUAUGAUGCGGGAGAUCCGAAUCAAAACGCCAAACGGUACUUUGUCUGGGCCUUUGACCGAAAGAUGUACAACGGGUAUCCAUAUAUAAUUCAUGUCAGAAAGUCGGUUAUGAUGAUUCAGAAGUACCAAGAAGAUCGUUAA